AUGACGAGCACGGGAACUGGGUCCGCUGCAGCUGCAGAGGUCGGCCGAUCCUCGUCCUCAACUGCCGCAGCAGCAGGGGAAACAGCAGCAAGAGGAGCAGGAGGAGGAGGAGGAACUGCAACAGGAGGAGCUGCGGUCGGUGAUGAGGCGGCAACAAUCCCUUCUGGCUUCCUGGGGACACUGGUCCCUGUGCGGAGGACGUUCAUUGAAGAAGUGCCAGAGGAUCUGCGUUGCCCAAUUUGUUAUGAUGGCGCAGCAAACUGCAGCACCCGCUGCGGUCAUUCGUUUUGCCUGCACUGUCUGUACAGCCACAUCACCACGCGUAUCAUCCACCAACAGUCAACCGCCUGUCCUCUCUGCCGCUCUGCAAACGCUGGACUUGGCAUCAGCACUGUCUCUGGCGAAAAAUCCGCGAGGGCGCGUGCCUUGCGCGUGCGUUGUUUGGGCUUCGAAGGGGGUUGCCAAGUAGAGGGGCCGCUGGCUGAGGUGGAGCAGCACGAGGCCACUUGCCCCACAGUCCUAAUCUUUUGCAGAUUCCGAGAUGUCGGCUGCAGUACUCCUGUCCUACGCAAGGAGGUAUGCACUGCUACCUAUGUUUGGUCAUUGGCUGCCGCUCGCGAUGUUGUUGAUGUGGCUGAAGGGGCGAUGUCUGCAACGCGCCGCUCUGGGUGGCUCAAGGCUGGCCUGCGGCUGCGGGGGUACCGGAAUAUGCAGAAGUUCGUGAGUUGCCGCCACGUUUCAUUGGGAUGUGGGUUGCGCGUGCGGAAGCAAUACCGAGAAAGACACGCCGAGUGCUGUGCCUUCAAAAUUCUCCACGAACUCAAACUCAAAAGGCGCGUCCAGCAGCAGCAGCAACAACAGCAGGGAGCAUCUUUGGCUGGGCGGAGUAGCGCUCCUCUUAGCGAACGCACUGCCGAUGGCGCAGAAACGGCGCCAGCAGGGGCAGCAGCAGAACGCCCCUCCGCAACAGCAACAGGGGUACAAGGAGAUAGCUCCUCCGCAGCAUCCGCAGCAACGCAAGCUACUGCCGGCGUCCCAGAGGUGGUCGAAGAAGCCCCCGCACCCGAAGAAGCAGCAGAAGAAGUUGCUGCUGCAGCUGAGAGCAAAAUGAGCGACUGUGCCGAUUUGUGUUUGGCGCUACAGUGGAGCUCGCCCCAGGCGUUGCCAAACGAGCUGUUACUGCUGCGGCUGCAGGAGUUUCUGCCCAACGUGACGGCCAUCACCGAGGGGAGGUUCCCCGGGGAAUUUCACGUUGUCCUCAAACAGCAAGUCCAUACACUGCCAACUGCUGCGGGUGCUGAUGCUAGUGUUUCUGUUGCUGUUGUGGCUGUUGCUCCUCUGCUGCGGAUGCUGCGAACUUCUGGCCCUACGGCGGUGCUGCUGCUGCUGUUGGGCUGGCUGGUCCCGUUGCUGGCAGUUCGUUCGAUUGGGAUGGCCGGGGAUCCGAACAUGAGCUCAAAUCUGUCGGGUUUGGGGCUUCUUUACAAGGGGCUCACCACCCUCCAAUCCCCAUAG